CAAGGUUGGUGAGAACCUGAACACGCUGGCAAGAAGAACAAUGUUGUUAAGGGACACAGUAGUAUUUGAGCAUUUGAAUGGAUGAGAGUGCAUGGUAUUUGACCCCCGCUAGAGUUAGAGUCACUGGGACAUACAGGUUAUAAGACAGGCUGAGCGUGUGGAGAGUCAUCAUGACUGGCGUGACUGUGUGUUUUGGGACGGUGAACUCCAUCAAGGCUUUAUGGGAAACCAGGAUAAAGAAGAACAAGGAGGAACUGAAGCGAGAGAAAGAGCAGAGGGAGAGAGCAGCUGUGGGAAGGUUGACGGGGGCAUGGGAGGAUCGGAUCACCUUGGCCAAGUUAAAGGAAAAAAUUAUGACCGAGGAUGGGAGGGUCGUCCUACGCAUUGAAAACGAAGAAUGGAAGACUCUUCCUGCAGCUCUGGUCCAGCUCUCUCAGAUUCAGGAAUGGCAGCUUCACCGAACAGGACUUCAGAAGAUCCCACGCUUCAUCUCUAGCUUUCAGAGCCUUAUCGUUCUCGACCUGUCCCGCAAUGCGAUCACGGAUAUUCCUAAAGAAAUUGGUAAGCUAACCCAUUUACGAGAGCUACUUGUGAGUUACAACAGACUGAACUGUGUACCUGAGGAGUUGUGCAGCUGCGAGUCUUUGGAGCGACUGGAACUGGCAAUGAACCGGGAUCUGGAUGAGCUUCCACAACAGUUCAACAAUCUGAAGAAACUACACCACUUGGACCUUUCAAUGAAUCAAUUUACCACAAUUCCUGAGUGUGUAGUGAAUCUUCCUGCUCUCGAGUGGUUGGACAUGGGUGGGAACAGACUGGAGCGCUUACCAGACGACAUCCACAGGAUGGAGAAGUUGCACACGCUGUGGCUCCAGAGAAAUGAGCUGGAGUAUCUGCCAGACAACAUCAGCCGCAUGCACAACCUGGACACACUGGUGCUCAGCAGGAACAAGCUGAGAGACAUUCCUCCACUGAUGGAGGACAUGACCAACCUCAGGUUUGUAAAUUUCAGAGACAACCCUCUGACGUACGACGUGACUCUUCCCGAUGUAAAAGAGGACGUGGCAGAAGAGGAGAACGAUAGAGAGAUGUUCGGCCGAGAAUUCAUGCACCAUUACAUCCAUGAAGCCCGCAAAAGAGGUUACGCCAUACUCAAUGUACACCGUGCUCACAAAUGCUAG